AUGCCAGCACGCGCGAGGAUGAGAUGGACGGCCUAUGCCGGGACGUCGACGGCCCUGGCAGCCUUCGUCGUCGUCAAGGCGCUGGCGCAACGUCCUAAUUUCUACUCUGCCGCCGUGUACCUCUCCCAGUCCUCAGCGAAUCUUAUGAUACUUAGCAACUUCGUCUUCGCCGCAGCGAGCUCCUUCCUCUUCGGCCUCCAAAAACUCCUCUACGGACAACUACGGCCGAUCGAGAUCGAGCAACUGUACGAACGGGCUUGGUUUGCAGUGACGGAAACAUGUCUCGCCAUGACCAUCUUCCGAGGGGAACUCGGUCCGUGGUUCAUGGUCCUGUUCUUCUCGUUAUUGGCGAGUAAGGUCUGGGGCUGGAUCGGCGAAGGAAGAGUCGAGAUUCUCGAACAACAACCUCCACGAAAUCCCAAGCUGUUUCACGCAAGACUGGCUACUAGUCUUACGCUGGGCUGCACAUUCAAUGCUUUGAUGCUGCGGUAUAUUGUGCUGCAGGUCAUAGGCAAAGCGCAGCCGGACAUGAUGGUCAUGUUUGGAUUCGAGUUUGCGAUAUUGCUCGUGAUCAGUGUUAGCACAAGCGUGCGGUACGCAAUCUCAUUAUUCGAGAUAGGCAUACUCAAGGAGCAGAGGAGACUUCGAGGAGCAGAAAUGCGCACAGAACGUGUCACAAAAGCGAAGCGCGAUUUGGACGAGGCCCAGCAGAGAGCUGCACAAUCCGCAGAGCCUGCGGAACAGGCCCCAGGCACACUCACUGUUGACGCUGCACGCCAAGCACUGGAGCGCGCCGAGCGGCCAGUUGACGACAAUGAGGUUGAGGUGGAGGGUUGGGAGAACAAGGGCAGAUGGGUCUUCUAUCUGGAUUUGGCGACCGACUUCCUCAAACUUGUCAUCUACUUGUCCUUUUUCUUUAUUCUACUCGUCUUUUACGGCCUUCCCAUCCAUAUUAUGCGGGAUGUCUUCCUUACGACACGAUCAUUCUUCAAGCGGAUUGCGGAUUUCCUGAAGUACAGAACGGCGACGCGGGACAUGAACGAGAGAUAUCCCGAUGCAACAGCAGCCGAGAUUCAGAGCGAAGAUGUGUGCAUAAUAUGCAGAGAGGAGAUGCGACCAUAUCAGCCACCGGCGCCUGGUCAACCACAACAUGGUCCUGCCGUGGAGCGGAUGAGGCCGAAAAAGCUGCCAUGUGGACAUAUCCUGCAUUUCACAUGCUUGAGAAGCUGGCUCGAAAGACAGCAGGUGUGUCCGACUUGCCGGAGAUCUGUGGUCCCGACUGCAGCAGGAGGUGUCGCAGCGCCUGGUCAGGCUGGAGGAGUUGGAAACCAGCAAGGACAGCAUCCAGCUGGAGACCGACCAGGACCCAGGAUAUUCCAGUUUGGCCCACUCAGGAUAGGAGUCGGCGCAGCACGAGGAAACAAUAUGUUCGAAGAGCUCCAGCACCAACUUGAGCAUGGCCGCGCCGCACCUGCCGCUCAAGGCAAUCAGAAUGGUCCACAACAGUACGGUAUCGGUAUUCGAUGGGAUGGUCGAGCUCAGCGCCGCCGGCAUCGGAGUCCAGGUACGAUGCGUGAACAGCUCGACAGUAUGCGGAAUCAACUGCAACAAGAGCUGGUCGCUCUCGACCACAAUACGAGGGAGUAUGCUGUCUUGCAGACCAUGAACAACGAGUUGGAGCGACUCAGAGCUGCACGCAAUGCUGUUGCCGGCGGUCAGCCACCACAGCCCGAUGCAACCGGCAUUCCUCCGUUGCCACCAGUGCACGGAGGACCUGUGACGAAUGCACAAUUCCUGCACACAGGGCCAGCGGCUCGUGUGGUUCCGGCAGGAAGUGCUCAGCUACCGGAGGGCUUGGUCCUGCCAGAGGGCUGGUCAAUGAUGCCUCUCGAACCUGUCGCUGUCCCUGGCGUGCCUCCUGUCGGAGUGCCACCAGCACCUGGAGGGCAGCAGCCGUCAAUGCUAGACGAUGUUCGGAACAUGUUCACCAUGCCCAAUCAGCCUCCAGCACCUGCCACCAUGGCUCUCACAAUCCGCGCCAACGACGACGAUAUAGUCUGCGGCGGCUACUACUGCUAUUCAUACACGUCCUGGCUGAUCAAGUGGAUCGUCUUCGGCGUCAUCAUCGCCUCAAUCAUCGCUUUCUGCCUCAUCGGCUACAUCCAUGCCAGGCGGCGGAUGAAGAAGGGGCUGGCGCCGCUGGGGUAUCAUCGCUGGCUGAUUCCACGCCGAUCCCGCAUGGCCUUCCACAACGCCCACCCCGAACUCCCCAACCCGUUCAUGCUCGCACAGCAGAGGAGGUGGUACACGCCAGGAUACGGCAUGCACACGUACGCUCCGACAAAUGCGCAAGGUGGUUACUAUGGGCCACCGCCGCCGCAGUAUGGGACGCCAGAGUGGCUGCCUGCAUAUCAGCCUGCGGCUGGCUCUGGUGCUGGUGGGAUGAAUGCUGCGAAGACGGAUCCGAAUCAGGUGUUUGUGGCUGGGCAAGGGCAAGGGCAAGGGGCGGGCAGUGGCCAGGGCCAGCAGCCGCAACCGCCGCGGCAAGGUCCUGUGUAG